CGACAGGACGUGACGUGACGCAAGUGCAGUUGACGUAAAAUGGCGACGAACGUGUGUUAGUCAAAACACAACGGAGGUGCCCGAAUACAGAGCAAGAUACAGAGAAAACUAGCGAUUUUACGUAGGAAACAUCAAGGUACCAAGGUACUUACCAAGGUCCAGUCAUGGCCGAGCAGACUACCAAUGCCACAUCGGAGGGGAUUGUGGGCCUGGAUGAGCCCAAGAAGAUGACCAGGGAGGACUGGAGAAAGAAGAAGGAGCUGGAGGAGCAGAGGAAGCUGGGAAACGCUCCAGCUGAGGUGGACGAGGAGGGGAAGGACAUAAACCCUCACAUCCCACAGUAUAUUUCAUCAGUGCCAUGGUACAUCGACCCAUCCAAAAGGCCCACACUAAAGCAUCAGAGGCCUCAGAGUGAAAAUCAGAGCCAAUACUCAGCCAUUGGAGAGUGGUACAAGAGAGGAGUGCAAGAGAAAACUGUUGCCACCAAAUUUCGUAAGGGAGCUUGUGAAAACUGUGGUGCCAUGACACACAAGAAGAAGGACUGCUUGGAGCGACCCAGAAAAGUUGGGGCUAAGUUCACGGGCACAGGCAUAGCUCCAGAUGAACACGCUCAGAUACAGCUCAGUUUGGACUAUGAUGGAAAGCGGGACCGCUGGAACGGGUAUGAUCCUGAGGAACACCAGCGCAUAGUGGAAGAGUAUGCCAAAGUAGAUCUGGCCAAAAGGACACUGAAGGCACAGAAGCUUCAGGAUGAGCUGGCCUCUGGAAAGCUGGACCCGACUGAGCGGGAACACGACAGCGAGGAUGAGGAUGAAGAUAAAUAUGCGGAUGACAUCGACAUGCCCGGUCAGAACUUUGACUCCAAGAGACGAAUCACUGUCAGGAAUCUGCGUAUCAGAGAAGACACAGCUAAAUACUUGAGGAAUUUGGAUCCAAAUUCAGCAUACUAUGAUCCAAAGACACGAGCUAUGAGAGAGAACCCGUACUCCAACACUGGCAUGAACCCUGACGAAGUGGGGUAUGCUGGGGACAACUUUGCUCGCUAUACUGGGGACACAAUCACCAUGGCUCAAACACAGCUGUUUGCCUGGGAGGCCUAUGAGAGAGGCUCUGAGGUGCAUCUGCAGGCUGACCCCACCAAGCUGGAGCUGCUCCACAAGUCCUUCAAGGUCAAGAAGGAGGACUUUAAAGAGAAACAGAGGGAUGGCAUCCUAGAGAAGUAUGGAGGUGAAGAGCACUUGAAUGUACCUGCGCGGGAGCUGCUGUUGGCCCAGACGGAGGACUACGUGGAGUACUCUCGUCACGGCGCUGUGCUAAAGGGGCUCGAGAAGGCGGUGGCUCGCUCCAAGUAUGAGGAGGACGUGCUCAUCAACAACCACACCUGCAUCUGGGGCUCCUUCUGGAAGGAUGGCUUUUGGGGAUACAAGUGUUGUCACUCCAUGGUCAAACAGAGUUACUGCACAGGAGAGACUGGAGUUAGAAUAAGCAACACAGACUGUGUCCCAUUUGAAGAGGGACUGACCGAGCCACAGGAGGAAGAGCCGCCAAAGUCUCUGCUGGAAAUGCAUCGGGAGAAGGUGAUAAAAGAGAAGAAGAAGAAAAAGAAGAGCAAAAAGAACAAGAAGCACGGCUCUGACAGCAGUGAUUCAGAGAACGAGGAGAAGAAGAAGGAGAAGUUGAAGAAGGCUCUAGAAGCAGAGGACAGGCGGGUGAAGCACAUUGAGACAAUAAUGCAGCUGGAUGAGAGGAAGAGGCCAUACAACAGCUUGCAGGAAGUAAAGGCGCCCACUGAGGAGGAGAUGGAGGCCUUCCGCAUGAAACGCUGCCGGCCAGAUGAUCCCAUGGCUUCCUUCCUGGGACAGUGACCUCUUCUUCAUCCCUGCUGCCUCCCCUAAGCUCUCCCCAAGGACUCUAGACUCUACCAGAGCUGCUGCUCGGUGAAACAAAAAUGUGUCAGACUCAUAAAACUCAGCUUUGGUCUCGUAAAUUCAUCACAGGAGACUUCUGUUGAUUUAUGAGCGUGACAAACAGUGUACAGUGUUUUGUGCAUUUUAUUUUGCACCUUUUUGUUUUUUUUAUGCUAGAGGUUUGUAGUUGAUGGUGCAUCGGACAAUAAUAAUGUAAUCUUUUGUUUGUACUUAAUCCAUCUUUGUGGAAAAAAAGUAAAAAUGACAGUUUUCUUGACAGAUUUUCUUGGAUUUGGAAGCCACCCUCAUACCUUUUAGUGCGAUUAAUGCAUCAUUUUUAUAAUAAAAUAUAUAUACCUG